CUAUAUCGCAUCCACUUACACGGUAAUUUAAGACUACAUGACUCGCGUACUCUAACUCUUUAUACAUCUAUGGUUAUAAUAAACAUUUAUUGCAGUCUCACAGUUGUUCGAAAUGUUGAGUUUUAGAACAUAUCUAAAAAUCAUCGAAAUGGAAAGUAUGACAUAUCUUUUAUCUUCUAAUCUAUGACGAGAGGAAACUUCCUUUCUGCUGUGACGUCCAUAUCUCAUAAAAAGGUUAUUUGAAAGUUAGUGGUUUUCACGUUCGUGUCGUAAAACAGACAAUAAUUUAAAUAUCUGUGAAGGUCACCUUUUAUGAACAUUCAGACUGUCAACAGAAAUAUAAGAAAACCUGCUGCAGCGGAUCUUUGCAGAAUUCUGUUCAUUAAUCUAAUCUAUCUAUUUGUAAUAAAAUACUGGAAAAAAUAAUAAAAGAUAUACCGAAGAAAAUAAUAAAAGUAAAAUAAAAAAUAUGGUCACAGUUAUAAUAAUAAUUCGCCCGAGUUUAGUUCUGAAUUGUCUAAAUGUCUAAAUAUUGGCAACUUUUCUUCGCAUUCUUCAUUAUCAGCAGACUGGUCUUCUUCGUCCUUUGUUUGUUCUGGAUUUAUGUUACAUGUUGAUGGUUAAUGGUUCUGAUUGGAUGUAUGGGGUACAUAAUAAUGGCGAUGUCUAUUCAUUGGGGUAUAGCAGGUGCUGGAAAAAUAUCACAUGAUUUUGUAACAUGCUUACGAACAUUACCAGAAUCUGAACAUGUAGUUCUUGCAGUAGCAGCACGUGAAUUAUCAAGGGCACAGAACUUUUCUAGCUUACAUAAAAUUGAAAAGGCGUUCGGCAAUUAUGUGGAGCUAGCGGAAGACAAGAAUAUUGAUGUUGUAUAUAUUGGGACAUUACAUCCUCAACACUUCGACAUUGCAAAAUUAAUGUUAAAUCAUGGGAAACAUGUUUUAUGUGAAAAACCUUUAACUAUGAAUUUGAAGCAAACAACAGAGUUGAUAAAUUUAGCAAAGGAGAAGAAGUUGUUCUUAAUGGAAGGUAUUUGGAGUAGAUGUUUUCCUAUAUAUGAAACUCUUAAAAAAGAAGUUGAAUCCGGAAGUAUUGGAGAUGUUCAUCAAGUUCUUGUAUCCUUCGGAUUUAGAAUGCCAGAUGUUCAACGACUCAACAUAAAAAGUCUAGGAGGAGGUACCAUAUUGGAUUUGGGCGUGUAUGGAAUACAAUUUGCUUGUUUAAUAUUUAAUAAUGAAAUACCUCAUACUGUACAAGCUGCUGGAUGCUUAAAUGAAGAGGGAGUUGAUCAAUCUGUAUCUACUACCUUUCUUUACAAAGGAAACCGUACAGCAACCAUUAUUACUCACUGUCUAGUUGAUUUACCGAAUGAAGCUUACAUCAUUGGUACAAAAGGAAUGAUAAAAGUUCCGAACUUUUGGUGCCCUACAACGGUAGAAUUGCCAAGUGGUAAAAUAAAUAUACCACUUCCUGAAACUGAAUAUAAGUUUAAUUUUAUUAACAGCGUUGGAUUUAUUUAUGAAGCUAAUGAAGUUCGCAAUUGCAUUUUAGCAGUUAAGGCAGACCAAACUACAAAGUAUAAGAUCAAUUGUCAAGACUUUAGCAAGUGAUUCUACAGCUUUGAAUCGAUGGAAAUCAUAAAAAAAAUAGUCGCAACAUUGAAUUUAAUCUUGAUCUUGAAAUGUCAUUUCAAAAUCUUCUUGUUUCAUCGUACCUUUACUUAUCAUGUAACACGAAAGUCUCAGAGGAACCAUGGGCUCCAACUCAACAGUUCUAUUGGACAAAAAUAUUGAAGUUUCAUUAAUUCUAUAUAAAACAUAUGUAUAUAAAAUUAUAUAUUAUAUACUAUUGUCGUAUGUAAAUCCCAGAUAUACCAUUCGAUAUCCCAUUUCUUCUUUUUUUCUUAAUUUUUGAAUCUGUGUAAUAGCCAUACCUGCGUGUCAACUUCUACAUGACCAUCACUGUUGUUUAAGUAGAACCGGACUCACGUUUAAAUUUCUACAUUUUAUAUUCUGGCCAAGUCUUCCCCCAAAGUUACGAAUUAUUUGUUGACAAGGAAAAGCAUAUUAAAAUCAUCAUUUUAAUUGCUCAACGGAUUUAAUCCGUCCACCUGAACUGAAAUGACCCACGGAACUGAUCCAAUUGUAGGACAAAACAAUGAUCUGGAACUUACAGACAACACAUGGGCCAGAAGCAACAAAGAGCAAGCUGGAGAAUUUUCCAACCACCUUUGUAACACAUUUACUCCACACAAUAUUAACAACAGCAGCCCCAACUGUCAUACAGACUUAGAUGUGCAAAACACUAGUACUUCAACUGACAAGCACUACACCAUACCUAAUACAACAGCACUAGAAUCACAAUAAAGAAAACAAAAAACAACAAAGCACUAUUAAUCAACGUAAUCAAAGGUAAAAUCUUGAAAAACUUUCUCCUAAAAGCAAUACGAUUAAUGACAAUAAUAUUCAAUGCAUUAUUAAGAACUCAAUAAUGUCCUAAUCUAUGGAGACUAGCGCAGAUCAUAAUGUUACCUAAGCCAGGCAAAAACCCACAUCAAACUGCAUCUUACAGGCUAACAUCACUACUUCGUACGUUUUCCAAAAUACUAGAGAAAAUAAUAUACGAUCGUCUAAAACUAACAAUGGAGAAAGAAAAGUUAAUAGCAAAUUACCAAUUUGAAUUCAGAAACAAACAUUCCAUGAUAGAGCAUAUGCAUAGACUCGUCAACGAAAUUUUACUAGCAAUAGAAGAGAAACAAUACUGUAUAGCCCUCUUCAUGGACAUCGAGGAAGCAUUUGACAAAGUGAACCAUAAAAGCAUCUUAUAAACAAUCAAAAAACAUUUCCCAGAACAAAUCCACCACUUACUGAAAUCAUAUCUAAGCAACAGAACCUUUGUAGUAAAAAUAAAGGACACAUAUUCUGAAGUUAAAGAAUCGAGGCAAGGGUACAGUAAGGAAGCGUCUUAGGACCAAUAUUAUACACACUAUACGCGGCCAACAUACCAACAGCAAAAUACUGACAUUCGCGGACGACACGGUUGUACUAGUCAGGCACACUAAUUCACAGCAGUCACAUUAUUACAAGAGCAUAUCACAAAAAUAGAAAAAUGGCUGCAAACCCCAGUAAAUAACAAUAUUACAUUUACACUACGAAAACAGAAACCACCAAAUAUCCAAUUGAAUGGCACGCACAUAAGACAAACAAAGCAAGUUAAAUAUCUAGGACUCCACUUAGACACACAACUUACAUGGAAGUAGCAUGCUAAAUCAAUUAUAGACAAAAUACGAAUAAAAAGAAGACAGAUGUACUGGUUAACUAGUCGAAACUCUAAGUUCAGCAUGGAAAAUAAACUAAAAAUUUACAAAACGAUAAUAAAACCAAUUUGGACGUACGGAAUACCACUAUGGGGACAGCAGCAAUGAGCCACAUAAAUAAAUUAGAGUCGCUACAAUUGAAGAUACCCAGAGCAAUAGUCAACGCCCCGUGAUAUGUCAGAAACAAAGAUUUACGUAAAGACUUAAAAAUACCAAUGAUCAAAGAAGAAAUUGGCAGAUAUGCAAAAAGAUACGAAGAAAGAAUUGCAACACACCCAAACCAGUUGGCUACUGAAACGUGCAAAAUCCAUAUCAAAAGAUGGCUAAGAAGAAAAUAUCCCACGAAGAAAAUAAGUUAAAAAUGUAGGAUAAAAUUUUUCCGUUUAAGGACUUGUUUUCAAAAAAAUAAACUUUAAACAUGUUUAAUCACGUACUGGUUCGGUAGGAGCGCAUGGUACAUUUUCAAAUUUAUUUUUCUCAGAAACAAAGCCUCUUAUGAAAAAAUACUAUUUUACAUUUUUGACUUAUUUCAAAUGCAGUUUAAUUUUUUAUCGACUGUUUGUUCUUUUUCAGUCCAAAAUUAACCAAAUUUAAAUAUACUUUUGAAAUCUUCAAAGUCGAUUCUCUCGAAAACGAAGCUUCAAGUAAAAAAAUGUUAUACCAAAUUUUUUUCUUAUUUCUUUCCGUCGAGUCCCUCCCUAUCAGAUUGUACUAUGAUUACCAUGCCAUCUUAUAUGUAUAUGUGUAUAUACAUGUAUAUAUGUAUAUGCACUUAUACAUACAUAUAUAAAAUUAAUGAAAUUCUAACAUUUUUUUCAAUAGAACAGUUGAUUUGCGAUCCAUGGUUCGUUUAAGACUUUUAAUUUUCAUAAUGAAUAGAAUAUGAUGCGAAAAAAAAAUUGGUCUUGAUUUUCAAAGUCAAGGUCGAUUUUUCAGCUAUCUUGUUUUUGCAGAUCUGUAAAAUCACCUGCCAAAGCCACGGAAAUAACUUUUUUGCAACCUGUACAUAUCUAUGUUUAUUAUUGCUAACUUGGUUUGUUCCGUUUUAGGUGUAACUGAAAGCUCUAAAGUACCGCACAAUGUUUCUUUAUUAGUUGCACAAUUAGAGGACGAAAUUCGAAG